GUGUUCCCAACAAGGAAUGAAUAAAAUUAUUAUUAUAUGAAGCUCAACUAUAAAAACAUGUCAAUUCACUCUACAGCAAACUGAGGUCUGACUAAAAGUGAGAAAUGAGCAACUAUCAACUACUUAUUGUGUGUCUCUCCUUCCUUACACUUGGUGAUGCUGUGGUCUAUACCCGGUGGGGACGUACCACCUGCCCUGGUGGAACAGAGCUAGUCUACACUGGAAGAGUUGGGGGCACUUACUACAAUCAAAUAGGAGGAGGUGCUAACUAUCUCUGCAUGCCGAUGACACCCGAUUAUGUGCUACCAUACCAAAACGGGAUUAGAGGUCAUGCCUAUGUAUAUGGUGCAGAGUAUCAAUAUCCUAUUAGAGGUGGUCAUGAUUUGAAUGUCCCGUGUGCUGUGUGCCGUUCCAGCCGAGUGGAUAUCAUGAUGAUUCCAGCCAAAGCCUACUGCCCUCGUGGAUGGAUCAGAGAAUACUAUGGCUACCUAAUGACAGAGGCACGUGGCGGAGGAAGUAAUGUUCGGGGUCGCACGAUGUUUGAGUGUGUAGACAAAUAUCCUGAGGCUAUUCCUGGUAGUUAUGGCAAUCAAGAUGGAGUGUUGUUUCACCAUGUAGAAGCAUCCUGCAACGGUAUGCCCUGUCCUCCCUACGAUCCAAACAAAGAGCUAAACUGUGUGGUCUGCACCAAGUGAAGAACGAUUAAACUAGUGAAGUACGAACUAUUGUCUACAAGCAUUUAUACAUGUGUCGUUACAUAAUCAGAUAUGAACUCAGUACUUAACUACUUACAUAAAGAAUAUUUUGCUGCUUGUCAAAAUCAUAAUAAACCUUUGCCUACAUUA